UAUUCUUCAUAGUGCACAGUCCUGGGACACCAGCAGCUGGAGUCACACUACAAAGUGUUAAACAUGCAGAAGUGAUAGACUAUACAGCCUAUCACGGGGGGUUCUUGAAUGCAGCAGCACAUGAUAUAGACGACUCUUGGCAUGGACCACGUCAACUUUAUGACUACUUUAUUAUUACUGAACUCUGUUCUAGAGCCUUGGAGCUGUACAUAGGAAUGACCGGUCUCCCAAGACUACAACGGGGCUGUAUAUAUAGUUAGAUACAUAAUAGCAUAGUAAAUGCGUCAUUGGAUGUAGAAGGAUCCACUCAGGUACCGUACACUAUCCUCACUCCGGACUACGAAGACUUUAUUAACAUGCAGCAGCUCCAGCCAUCUCUGGACACUCUCCAUACUUUGAUGCUACUGCUACCCCUGCUGGCCACUAUGGGUCAAUGUGAUGAUCACUAUCUAAGCCAGGUGUUGUUUUGUCAGCCCAGCGAGCCAUCAUCGGGGCUUCUGAAGAUGUUCGAUGGCGACCAGAUGUUCGGUUACAACUUCAGUGAUAACUCCGUCUUGUCUUGGAUAAAAGACUUUGACAAGUGGCGUGACUCGGCUUUCCCUAACCCCUCAAAUAUAUCCUUCCAUGUGAAUCUAUGUAACCGGUUUAGAGAAGACUUGACCGAAGCGCUUGUAGAUAUCACUCCUGAAGCCAGAGGUGGUGCACAGGUGACUGUUUUUACCGCACACCCUCUCAGACUGGGCAUGCAGAACACGUUGAUCUGCGUUAUUAAUGACGUCUAUCCUCCCGCUCUGACCAUCACCUGGAGGAAGAAUGCAGAUGUUUUGACAACAGGGUUGAACUCGUAUAAGUAUUUUGCGAUGGAGGAUCUGUCCUUCCAGGCCUUCUCCUACCUCAAUGUCACUCCCUACCACAGUGAUGUCUUCUCGUGUGAAGUGCAAGUGUCAGGCGAUAACAGAACCAUUAUAGGGUACUGGAGCAACCUGUCAUGUAUGUAGGACAUAUAGGAUACUUCGUUCCGUGAUGCUUCAUGUCCUCGCCCACUCUGCACGGCUUGUGAGUGUCAGUGAAGCAGUGAAAUGCCGAGUAUUCAUAUCACCCAUGGUCAAGCAACAUUUCACAAGCAGCCGGGAAAUGAAGAAGUUAAGAAGAGCACUUGUUAUUACUUGUUCAUUAUGGUAGAUCUAACAAUCUUAGUGGAUACGAGGAAGGAUGGUUAUGCUGCAUUCACAAAAAGGAGCUCAGAUUUACCAAGCAAGGAAAUUACUUUGGCUUUACCAUUUUAGUGACAAUAGCCCUGUGAUUGGGCGGGGAUGAAAACCCAGUAGACGAGGUGUAUAAGGCCAGGAUUCCACUGAGGUUUUUUUCUCACCAGCAAAAACGCCAUAAAAACUGCCACAGCUUUUUCCUGCGUUUUGGC